AUGGAAUAUCAUUUAACAUUAGAUGAUAAUAAAUUUGUAGUUUAUGAUAAUGAAAACAAGAUGAAAUCUAGCUUCAAAGAUUUAUGUACAAGAGUUGGUUGUUCCAUACAUUAUCUGAAUGAGCAACUACAACAUUGUUUUACUACUGAUAUAAUAGACAAGAUGCCUGUUGAUUGUGAUAUUGUUCAAGAAAUGUUCGAUAGUAUCCGACAAAUUGUAUCUCACAUGCGACGAUCGCACAAACAAUCCAAAUUAUUUCGAAAACUUCAAUCAUACUCUGAUAGUCGAUUUAAUAGUGCUUUUUAUACUAUGGAUGUUUUUUUAAUUGUAUUUGAUGAAUUAACUGGUAUAUUAGAUCGAACUUAUAUGAAUGAUUAUAUGUUGAUUGAUAAGGAUUUACUUGCAUCUGUGUGUUUAUUUCUAAAACCAUUUGAAGAAGUGAUCGAACACUUUAGUUGUGAUGCAAAACCAACAAUUUAUAAAGUAUUACUAUUAAGACAAUAUUUAUUAAAACAUUAUAAAAUUCAUCCGGAUGACCAUGAUGGAAUGCAACAAAUAAAAAUAUUUCUUGAAAAACGUAUUCAAGAUAUUUGGAUAUUGCAAGAUGUACAUUACAUAACUACCUUUCUGCAUCCAUCUAUGAAAAAUUUUCAUGUUAAUCCUGACUUACAAGAAAAAGCUAUCGAGUUGGUGCAACAAGAAAUUUUGAAGAGACAGCCAAUAACACCAUCCAACACAUUUACACCGACUACGACAACGCCUGCUCGUACAAAUGCACUUGAUUCGAAAUCAACAGCGUCAAAAGGUCUUCUUUCAUACUGUUUCGAUAUACCAAAAAAUGACUUGCAAUCGACAUCAAUAUCGUACGAUGAAUUAAAAGAAUAUAUAGCAUGA